AUGGAUUCUUCACAAUUUCGAGACGCGGCGAAAGGUGCCAUUGAUGAGAUCGCUAAAUACUACGAGACUCUGGAAGAACGACCAGUUCUGCCUUCCGUCAAGCCAGGCUACCUCCGCCCACUCCUUCCAUCAUCCACCCCCGAAGAAGGCGAAUCAUGGGAAACCAUUCAAGCAGAUAUCGACCGCGUCAUCAUGCCAGGUCUCACCCACUGGCAAAGUCCCAAAUUCAUGGCUUUCUUUCCUUGUAACUCAUCUUUCGAAGCCAUGAUCGGCGACAUGUACAGCGGUGCUUUCAACGCCGCAGCGUUCAACUGGAUCUGCUCACCCGCCAUCACCGAACUCGAAACCGUAGUCAUGGACUGGGUGGCUAAGCUCAUCGCCCUGCCAAAGGAAUUCUUGAGCGAUGGCGAGGGUGGAGGUAUCAUCCAAGGCACAGCCAGUGAAGUCGUGUUAACAGCCCUCGUUGCCGCCCGCGAACGCCUCAUCCGCCGUAAGCUCGGCGAUAUGCCCGAAGGCGAAGAACGCAUGGACAAAGCGGCGGACAUUCGUGGAAAACUCGUUGCACUAGGUUCUGAGCAUGCACACUCUUCCACCCAAAAGGCUGCGGUCAUAGCCGGAACAAGGUACCGCAGUGUCCCUGCGUCAAAGGAAUCCAAUUUCAGCGUCACCGCCUCUGCUCUCCGUAAAACGAUCGAAGAGUGUCGUGCGAAGGGUCUGGAGCCAUUCUACUUUACCAUAACCAUUGGUAGCACGGGAACUUGCGCUACCGACGACCUGGAGGGUAUCGCCGCACUUGCCAAGGAGUUCCCUGAUCUAUGGAUCCACGUCGAUGCCGCAUACGCCGGUUCCGCUCUUGUGUGCCCAGAAUACCAACAUCUAUGCACACCCCUCGCGUCCUUUGACUCUUUCAACUUCAACUUGCACAAAUGGUUACUUGUCAACUUUGAUUGCUCAGCUUUCUUCGUAAAGAAGCGGAGAGAUCUCAUGGAUACGUACAGUAUCACGCCUAGCUACCUCCGCAACCCUCACUCAGAGUCAGGCCUCGUCACUGACUACAGAGACUGGCAAAUUCCGUUGGGUCGUCGAUUCAGGAGUUUGAAGGUGUGGUUCGUGCUCAGGAGCUACGGAGUCAAUGGAUUACGAGCAUUUAUUCGCAAACAUGUCAAGCUCGGAGAGUACUUCCACGACUUGUUGCUACAGAAGCCGGAGAUGUUUAGUUUGACUACGAAACCAGCAUUUGGUCUUGUGACUUUCCAGGUCAAGCCAAAGAUGGGUUCGUCGGCCGCGGCGGCGGCGAAUCAGGCUGAUCCGGCGCAUGAAGCCCUGCAAAAUGACUUCCAUGCUGAUGCUGAGGCGCAGUAUAGGGAAAUGGUCAACCAGAGAACGAAGGAAGUUUAUGAGAAGAUCAACGCCAAGGGAGAUUUCUUCUUGACAAGCACCAUCGUGGGUGGUCAGUAUGUCAUCAGGGUUGUCAGUGCAACGUUGAAGAGCGAGGAGAAGUGGAUGAAGCAGUUGUUUGAUGAGCUGAUAGAGGUCGCAGAAGAAAAGGGCGAUGUUAAGGCUGCUUGA